AGUGAUAGAAACGCAAUCGGUUUAUUUACACAAUAUAUACUCUAAUAUGGACUCAUUAGAACGCACCUACAGCAAUUGUGUGAGGAGAAUAACCCUUAAGCAGCUCAAUGUGGUUAUGAUUCUCGCUAUUUUCGUCUUACUCCAUUCAAACCCUGAUUUGCUCAACACGGUUUAUAUUGUCAGUAUCGGUAUGUUUUCCAUGCUAGCUAUUUAUUAUGUUUUAAACCUGGAUAGAAGUCAUACGAUCACAUCCAAAACUUGCUUUUUGACCAUUGUUGCGUUAAUGCUGUUUUACGCGUGCCGUGCAGCCAUUUCACUCAGACACACUCUGAGUGAUGUACUCGAAAUCGUUUUUGAAAAUGAAGGAGAGGUGUUUGCAAGCAAACUUAUCGACUACGUGCAAAGAACGUACUCUUGCUGUGGUUGGAACGGUCCGAAAGAUUAUUUAGAAGGGCAAAUUCCGGAAAGUUGUAUAAACCAUAAUGAUUCCCAUCGGAUUUGUCUUGCCGGCUGCAAAAAUAAAUUUUAUUUGUAAAUAUGUAUACUAUGUAUGCCAUGAAUGUACUUUUUUAACAAAACAUCGAAAAAAAUUCCAAAAAACAUAUUAGUUUAAAUUAAAGACAAUCAUAUUCAUCAUAUAAAUACCUC